AUGGAAGCCACCUCUAGCACUCCCGCACCUGGCCGCGGCAUCACUCCUCCCGCCAUAGAAGUGACCUCUAGCACUUCCCCAUCCGCCCGUGGUAUCACUCCCCCCGCCAUGGAAGCCACCUCGAACACUUCCCCACCUGUCCGCAGCAUCCCUCCACCGCCUGCCCGCGGCACCACUACCCCACCUCCCCGGAGCACGACUCCCCCACUUGCCCGCGGCAUCACUCCUCCCCCCUCCACAGGCUUCAGCAACCCCCGUGAGCUCGCCUUCUAUUGCAUCGGUAGCCUCCUCGAUCUCUGCACGCAGUACCGCCGCACCCUCGACCGCGUCGAAGCCACCCGCCUCCUUAAUGACCGAAGAGUCUCCCGGCAUUUCGGUCUCGCCCUCGACCCAAUAUUCCACGUGCCCACGUCCAAAACUCUCAGAUGGCUGACCGCUGCGCAGCUACGCCUCUGGAACACCACCAAGGCCAUGCUCCUGUCUUGCACAUACCGUGAGCGGCGAGAAGAUAGCUUCGCGCAUGCCCUCGGCCGCUCAGAAGCCAUCCAGAGGCGCCUAAGGAAGCUGAUGCUGGGUGACUUGAGCCGUAAUGAGGGUGAUGCACUGUGGGAGUUUGAUGAUACGGUGAUCUCAAUGGCGGAGGCACUGGAGGCGUUUAAGGACAUGGAUCCGAUAAGUGUUCGGUGGAUUGAGGGUGCCGCAGUGAGGCAGGUGAAGGAUGAGUAUGCUCAGAAGGCGAGGCUCAUGAAGGAGGCGUGGUAUAAGGAGAAGGAGGCGCAUGUGGCGACGAAGAAGAAGAUGUUGGUGAAAGAGAUUCGGGCGUUGGAGAAGCUCGCUGAGGCCUAUAGGGAGGUUGCGAGGCUGAAGGAGAAGUACGAGUGUGGUCUUCACCCUGAGGAUGACUAUCUGCAGCAGCAGCAGAUAGAUGAUGCUUUGCACCAGAAGCAGAUAUACGAGGCUGAACAGCCGCAGACGGAUAGUGAAGGGGCGACAUCGCAAGAUUCGAGGCCCGCGCCAGCCGAACCCAGUUUGGGCCGAUCGCUAUCCGGAAACAAGAGAAAGCGCGAACUCAACAGCUCGGGGUCAGAGUCAGAAGCAGGCACACUUAUCAACGCCCUGGAGCAUACUUCCAUUGGCACAAGAUAG